AUGAAAACAUUGUUGGUCAUUAGCUUGCUAGCGACAUGUUUAGCAAAAGACUGGAAAUCUUUUAAGGUGAAUUUCAAUAAGAUGUAUACGGGUCUGUCCGAAGAACUUAAAAGGAUGGCUGCAUAUGAGGCUAACAAAAUGUGGGUUGAAAAUCACAACAAACGAUAUGAAAAUGGGCAAGUGUCAUUCAAAGUUGCAAUGAAUGAAUUUGGGGAUUUGGAUGAUGAAGAGUUUGGAAAAAAAUAUCUGAGUACCACAGGAACUGUCAUGAAUAAACUCAAGAACGUGCAUCAUUCCUUCAAUGAACAAAUAACGUCCGUUGUCCCAGAAUCAAUGAAUUGGACCAUGAAAGGAGCUGUCACACCAGUCAAAGAACAAAAAAGUUGCGGAGCGUGCUGGGCUUUUAGUGCGACUGGAGCAAUAGAAGGACAGAUCUUUAAGAAAACAGGAAAGCUAAUUCCUCUCAGCGCACAGCAUCUGCUGGACUGUAGCUCGAAAUUCGGGAACAGAGGCUGUAAAGGAGGGAUGCCUUUUAAGGCCUUCAGGUAUAUUCUUCAGCACGGAGUUCAGACUGAUGAAUCAUAUCCAUACCUUGGAGAAGAAGGAAAGUGUCAAUACACUGAUAAUAAACAAGUAGUGAAAAUAAAAGCAUUCGCCUUUAUAAAGAAAAUUGGAGACAAAGAAAAUACUUUGAAAACUGCAGUAGCCCAUGUCGGUCCUAUUUCAGCCUGUGUUUGGGCUUCCAGGGCUUAUAGAUUUUUUUCAGGAGGAAUUUACCAGGACGAAGAAUGCAUAAAUAAUACCAAUGUUAAUCAUGCCGUUCUCGUAGUUGGUUAUGGUCGCGAAAAAGAAAUGGAUUACUGGCUUAUUAAAAACUCAUGGGGCAUGAGUUGGGGUGAAUAUGGUUAUGGUAAAAUGAUAAGAAACAUGGAUGACCACUGUAAUAUAGCAUCACGUAACGUAUUUCCAAUAGUAUGA